AUCCACAACCCGACCUUUUCCCGGCCAUCGAUCUUCUGACAGCUGUCUCGUCCGUCCGUCCGUCCAUGCCCUUGAUCCCAGCAUUUCGACUAGGGCCGCUGCAAUCAUCGGCACACCACUGCAUGCCACGGCAGAUGCCAGGCGAUGAGAGAAAGUGCCUCUCCACGUAACCCUGCCCCAUGUCUCGCCAUGGAUCUCCGCGGCCCCAGGUCUGCCCGGUCAGAAACAUGCUCGUCGCUGCUGGGCUCUUCCCAGCAAGUCCCUUGCACCGGCACCCCAGCGCUUCGCUUGGGCACCUUGAUGCGGCACAAGCCUUUCAUCGCUGGUGGGCGCAGGCACGUCGAUGCACAGGCGCCUGAUGAUGGUCUGUGAGGACCAGCUUUCCUGCGAAAUGAGGUCAACGUACCGGGUGACGACAAUGUCGUGCUAUUUUCAGGGAAGUUCCAGGCCGGUCUAUUGGGGAUCAUGGGGUGAGGUUGAGGGGAGAUGCUGGUCGGGCGGUAUGAGACGGGUCGGAACUGGCGAGACAUGCGUUUUGAAGUCGGGAGUUUCGUCCAGGCUGG